AUGUGGUUUACACGUCUCAUUCUCCUGGCGAGCCCGCUGGCCUUGUCGACCCUUCUCAAUGCCAGGGCCGAUGAGAAUUUCACUUCUGGUGCAACCAGUGAAGGAAGCUGCCAGCAAGGUUGCAGAUUUGCCGUCAAGUGCGGUGGCCACUCCCGCUUUCCAGAUGACUCAGUCUCAGUCGGUGGAGUUACGAUCGACCUAGGUCUCAUGAGUUCUACAGUGGUCUCAAAUGACAAAACUAGUGCUCGCGUGGGCGGCGGAGCGUUGACGCGUCAAAUUUUUGCUGCGCUUGAUCCGUACGGGUUGGCCCACGUUGGGGGAAGGCAAGGACAAGUCGGGAUAGAUGGAUUCGCACUUGGAGGGGGAACUUCAGUCCUCUCAGCAAAGCACGGAUGGGCCCUGGAUAGUAUCCUAGAGUACGAGAUUGUACUUCCGAACGCAACCAUUGCAACUCUUUCAGAAACCCAAUAUCCGGAUCUAUACUAUGCUCUCCGAGGCGGCGGCAACAACUUCGGUAUCGUGACGGCAUUUAAUGUGAGCGUCUUUCCCCAAGGCCCCGUGUAUGUAGGAUCACGCGCUUUUACCGAUGAACAUGCGGAACAAGUGCUUGAGGAGGCCGAGAAGAUAUUCACCUUAGAGGAUGUCGAGGACACCAACAUAGUUCUUGAGUACCAAUACUCUUUCUCUGCUGCACAAAAUUUCGGCACCAUCACCACCACUCAACGAUAUAUUGAACCUGUUAUGAACCCGCCCGUGUACAACGCUUUGAAUGCCAUCCCGGCUGUGGCGAACCUCACAGGAAUUAUCAGCAGCCUGGCAAACUCAACGGGGAACAUUCCAGUGCUGGGACAAUCGAGAUACGUCAAACUGAAGAUAGAAGAUACGAGGAUAGCGGAGAAUGCUAAUACUGACUGUUGCAGGGCCAUCUUCGCCUCCUUGACGCAUUACCCAUCCGUCGAGCUCGGCAAGCGAGCUAUCGCGCUCCUAAAAGAAGAAAUGCAGCUCCUUGGAGACUCAACUGAUAUCUUCUCGACAAUGAUCACAUACUCCAUUCCCACCACAGCAAUUGAAAGGAUGAAGUCUCGAGGAGGGAAUGCUCUAGGCAUAGACGCCGAAGAUCAUCUCAUCAUCAAUCUUCUCUCAGUAACCUGGCCUAGCAAUGCUGAUGAUAGAGCUGCACAUGCUCUAGUGAGUCGCUUCAUGACGAGUUUCAAACAGGCAGCUGAAGAACUGAAUGUCUUGCAUCCGUUCGUCUACAUCAACUAUGCGAACAAAGGAGAUGAUGUUUUCGCUGGCUAUGGUGAAGAGAUCAAGCAGCGUCUGAUUGCGAUCCAAAAGAAUAUCGAUCCAUUUGGUAUCUUCACGUCUUCUGGGCUGUGCCGUGGAUUCUUCAAGUGCGUUGAUAUAUUAGCGUCGGAGUAUGUUAUGCCCCAGAAAAUAUCUCAUGACGAAAUUGGAUCCGAUGAGGAGCAAGCAGCGGUAGCCAAGGCAAAGGCUUCGAGCAGCCAGGAUCUCGAGGAACUCGUUGAAGCGAGAUUAUUUGUUUUGAGAUAUUCGACGCAUAAAUUACGCUUCAAAAGUCCUCAGAAAGGCUGCCAGAAAGGUGUUGACUAUGUUCCUUUGGAAGGCCUCGAGAAUGUUUCUAGUUUCAAAACGAGACCAUGA